AUGUUGGCCCAUAGACCGGGGGCUGUGGCAAAUGGGACUCCGGGGGCCGUACUGGGCGGGCAGCGUCGGACACACAGGACAGAAUGGGCCUGUCCCCAGAGCUCUUCUCGUGGCCCCGCCGCCUUUCCCACCCCAGGUGACAACACUUUUGUCCUCGUCGGAGCCCCCUCCGACCCCAGCCGACAGCACUUUUCUCGGACGCCCCGCACGCGCUGCCCAGAGGAGGCUGCCAGCCGCACGCCCAACCACCCCUCUCGGAAAAGUCCUCCACGGCCUCACGAGAAAGUAGUCAAGAGGGCAGCCUCGGGAGAGGACGAGGCGGAGCCUGUCCUCGGCCACGCUGGCUGCGGCGUGAGGCAAGGGGGAAAGCGCUGCAAAGUCGGUGCAGGGGGCGCUCGGCCGCCCGCGGUUGGGCGGCCGGACUCUCAGGGAAGCAAGCCUCCUGAGGCUAGGGCGUCCCGACCAUCGCGCCGCCGGAAACGCCCGGCCUGUAGGACGCCGCGCCGCGGCCUCGGACCGGGCGGUUUCGAACCCCCGCCUGCCAGCCUGCCCAACCGCGUCCCCGCCGCCCGCACACUCACCGCGCGCGUGCGCCGCCACGGCGCGGCCGCCCGCCGCCCUCCGCCCCGGGCGCGAUCUCAGCCCCGCCCCCGUGCCCGGCCCGUGGACCGGGCCCCUUGCGGCGACGGCGUCGGGGCUACGUCACGGAAACGGAGCCGCGCCGGGGAGGCGGUGGAGAAACGAGGGCUACCUUCGGGCCCCUGGUGA